GGCGGGCGGGAACGCGGCGGGCUGGUACUCUGCACAGAAAGCCUGAACAACUCGCACUUGCCGAUGCCGGAGGAGAGACCGAAGGGCAUCGUGUUGGGAUGAGCACCGCGGCCGCCCUUUGGGGAAAUGAGGAGUUGGAUUAUGUUUUGUAAAUAUUCAGAUCUCUACCUCAUUUAAACAUCACUGGUUCUUUCUGCAGGACAGAAAGUUUUCAAGGCAGAUUUCAGCAAAUUAUUUCUGCUUGAUUUUUUUUUUUUUCCUCAUUCUUUUCCACCAAAAUGCAGAAUCUGACACUAGUAGAAGGCCUUAGUAAUACGGACACGUUACACUGCAUGUCUCUGAAAGAUCUAGUAGCUGAUAUAGCUGRUACGCCUCUCCAUGAAAGGGACUGUGACUCAAAUGAAAGGAGAGAUAAUGAAGAAACAAUUAGUCUUGAAGUAAUGCAGCAGAGCUUCCCUGCAGUGAACAGCGAAGGAAGUUGUGAGGGGGUUUCUGAUGGUACUCAUAGUACACUAGAAAUCAGUGGUUCCUGGGGUGAUUUUGAAGGCUUCAGGGAGCCCUUAGAUAAACUGGAGAAUUUCAGUCUCAAUCCUGAGGUUUUGGGGCAGUCGAUGAAAGCUUCCAAAGGUGAUAUGGACUUGUACGGAGGACGUUGCGGCGCCUCGGUUGGUCCCUUGUCCUCGGAGCCAUCUCUACGCGCUGGGAGGCAGGAGGCUCCUAGCUCUCUGAAUGAGGUAAACCACAGCUAUGAGGAUAUAUUUAAGCUGAGCUUUCCAGAAGUCACUGUACCACAAUCCAGGGAGAGCAUAAGAAGUUUAGAUCAAGUAUUUGAUACAAAUAAUGAAGAUACUGGGAUUCCUAAUUUUAUGAAGAAUCAACUUUGCAUUGAUUGUGGAAACACAUGGAGAAUUCUUAAAGAYGUGGAUAAUACCUCCAGCUUAAGACAUCCUUGGAGUAAAUCCCAUUGCCAAGAAAACCUCUUGAGUGUUCUUGGAAUAAAUGCAAAUCAAAAGGACUUCCCAGAGAGCCAGCAUGACAUUAUUGAUGAAUCAAAUGCUAAAGAUGAUGAGGACUUUGGAUUUGAUGGAUUCAGUAUUAAUAACUGCAAAGCACUGAUCCAGACCAAGCUUUCUGUAUCACCUGAUUCCAGAGAUGGCCAUCUUUUUACUUGCAACCUUUUUUUGAACAGAACAGCAUCAAGUGGAAAUAUGCAAUAUAUAACAGUCCCAAGAAAGAAGCAAAUUUUCACUACGCACAACCUAAAAAUGAAAUUUUUCAGUAAUGAUGUUUGUUAAAAAACAAUGCACUUUUAAAUUUCUUUUUCUUUUUGAACCGAGUGUGUUUUACUUUGUUACUGGUUUGGUACUAGAGACUUGGUAUGUUCUUAGGAAAGUAGCAUAUUGCUAUGUAUGAGGUUCUUAGAGCCACCUUAUUUAAAGGUACUUACACUGUCUAGUUUUGAAGUCUAAGGUGCAAUUUUGUCCUKGUAGGUUUUGUUUGUUGUUGAGUCAUGUCUUUUACUGUAAGUGCAGCUAUAAUCAAACCUUAAAGCUACUUUGAACAAUUCUUUUAACUACUGACUUCUCAGGCCUUAAUAUCUCUUCUAGUAAAACCCUUGUUUUUCUGCCAAAACAUAAACACAUCUUAGGUGUGUUGUGAAGAGUGCCUUGCUCACUGUAUCUUCUCAUAUUUAAUCCACCUUGGAAUAACAGAGGUCAGUCACUUUUCUAUAGCUUAGCAUAAUGAAAAGAGCUUUCUACAUUCUGUGGCUUUUACUGGGGUUUUAAAGAAUAAUUUUUUACCUUGUGUGUCUGAUAGAGCCUACUCUGGUAAUAGAGGUAGAGUUUAUGGUGUGGUCAGAUUCAAAA